ACAGAGAAAAUGUCUUUCCGAGCUGAGGAGGAUCUCUCUUGUCCGGUCUGCCAGGACAUCUUUAAAGAUCCUGUUGUCCUGUCAUGUAGCCACAGCUUCUGUAGAGACUGUCUGAGGACAUGGUGGGGACAGAAACAAAUACAGGAAUGUCCAAUUUGUAAGAGAAAAUCAUCAAGGAGUGAUCCGCCUCGUAACCUGGCGUUAAAAAACCUGUGUGAGGCCUUCUUACAUGAAAGAGAUCAGAGAGCUUCAGCAGAGUCUGGCGCUCUCUGCAGUCUGCACUCUGAGAAACUUAAGCUUUUCUGUCUGGACCAUCAGCAGCCAGCAUGUCUCGUCUGCAGAGAUUCAAAAACACACAACACACACAGAUUCAGACCCAUUUAUGAAGCUGCACAGGAUCACAGAGAGGAGCUCAAGAGGUCCCUGAAACCCUUACAGAAGGAACUGAAGCUCUUUGAACAAGUUAAAGGAAACUGUGAUCAAACAACAGAACAUAUUAAGGUCCAGGCCCGAAACACAGAGAGGCAGAUUAAGGAGGAAUUUAAGAAGCUUCACCAGUUUCUACAAAAGGAAGAGGAGGCCAGGAUCGCUGCUGUGAGGGAGGAAGAGGAGCAGAAGAGUCAGGUGAUGAAGGAGCACAUUGAGGCUCUGAGCAGAGAGAUAACAGCUCUUUCAGACACAAUCAGAGCCACAGAGGAGGAGCUGAGAGAUGAAGACGUCUCAUUCCUGCUCAACUACAAGGCUGCAGUAGAAAGAGUCCAGCAGCGCCCCCUGCUGGAGGAUCCAGAGCUGGUCUCAGGAGUUCUGAUAGAUGAGGCCAAACACCUGGGCAACCUGACCUUCAACAUCUGGAACAAGAUGAAGAAGUUUGUCUCCUACACUCCUGUGAUUCUGGAUCCAAACACUGCCAACCCAGAACUCAUCCUGUCUGAAGAUCUGACCAGGGUGGCACGUGGACAGAGACAGCAGCUUCCUGAAAACCCAGAGAGGUUUGAUUCAUUCAUCUCUGUACUGGGCUCUGAGGGCUUUAGCUCAGGGACUUACAGCUGGGACGUUGAGGUUGGAGACAAUACAGGCUGGUUUAUUGGUGUGGCAGCACAGCCUGUCCAGAGGAAGGGACAAAUAAAAUCUGGGUUCUGGCAAAUAUAUUUAUACAAUGGUAAAUACAACGCACGUAUUUUAGGAGAUCUACCCACUGUUCUCAAAGUGAAGAAGAAGCUCCAGAGGAUCAGAGUUCAUCUGGACUGGAACAGAGGAAAGUUGUCAUUCUCUGAUUUUGAUACGAACAUGCACAUACACACCUUCACACACACUUUCACUGAGAAGCUGUUUCCAUGCAUAGGCAAUUUGAAUCAAUUUCCACUGAAGGUAUUACCAAGCAAAGUCUUUGUAACAAGAGAGUAG